AUGUCAUUCAGGAAAAGAGGUGAAGUUUUGAGCGACGGGAAUGCUGCUAGGAGAAACAUUGUUCCAGGUGGGAUGAUUCCAAGAGAUAUGCCAUCAAGAAACAAUGCACAAAGACCAUCUGGUGCAAUAAGUAGAGGACCGAUGGGUGGUGCAGCACCUGGACGUGUGGUUCCAAAUAUUGGAAAUGUUCAUCGAGAUUUGAAAGGUCUACAUAUUUCGGGACGUACCGCGCAGGCCAUCCCGCAAGCGGAGGCCUCAUCUGGCUUCAGUGCAGUUCAUCCUGGGAUACGGCCUUCUCCUGCUACAUCACAACAAACAACAUCCACGGGGUGUACAGACUUGGAUAAACUAAUGGGUCACUCAGGGUUCCCUUUGGGUUGCUCUCUUUUGAUAGAAGAAGAAUCUACGACCGACUUUAAUUCCAUUUUAACCAAAGUGUAUGCAUCACAAGGUAUUGUACAUAACCGUAUCGAAGGAUCGCAUGGUUUUAAAGAUGGUAAUACACAUUUGAUCGUAUUAUCUUUAAACCACCACCUAACCAAAGAGCUACCUGGCGUGUACAAAGGUUCCAGAAAGGAUAUCAAAAAGUCAAAGAUAGCACAGGAACAGUCCAAGGUCACUGUCUCAAAUCUUUUAGAGUCCCAAUCAAAAUCGAAUACAUCGGCACAGAGAAACAAGGACCUAAAAAUCGCAUGGAGGUAUGGCAUGAACGACGAUUCUGCAAAAUCAGAAUCUUCUCGUGAAGUUGACCAAAGUGAAACUUAUCCCGAUUAUAACCAUCAAUUUGACAUUACGUCCACCCUAAUUCCAGCUCCAACAUCGAACGAAAUUUCGUUCAUUUCCCCAUUACUGCCCGCAGCAUCUGUUCUUUCCCAAAUGGAAUCGAUAAUCAAGAGACAUAAUUCGAAGCUGAUAAGAAUUUUAUUGCCAAAUCUCUUGCAUCCAGCUCUAUACCCACCCAAGAUGACACAACUCCAUGAAUUAAUUCCGUUACUACACGGACUCAGAUCUCUAUUGAAGAAAUAUAAGGAAAGAUGUGUGAUGCUCUCUACAAUCUCAACCAGUCUCUAUCACAACCAACCACUUUUCACGGCUCAGAUUGAACAACUCUUCGACGGUGUAAUCGUCCUUGAACCAUUCGGCCAGGAGAUGCUUCAGUUUUUGGAAAGAGCAUACAAAUCCCAACCAAAUAAGAUUCAACACGGUUUAGUACAUAUCAAGAAACUUCCGGUGUUCAGUGAACGAGGUGAAAUGCACGUUUCCAAGUCUGAAUGGGCGUUCAAGAAUGGAAGAAAGAGAUUUGAGAUAGAAGAAUGGGGUAUCCCAGUGGAAGACGAAGAUGAUUCCAAUAAAAAAAAUAAAGACUCAUCAAUGCAGAAGGCACGUCCACCUCAAGAUGAACAUCAACAAUCUCAUACCACGAACUUAGAUUUCUAA